CUAGUGCCUGCCCCCAGGAGCAGUGCGCAUGCGGAGUGUGAGCCUCCACGAACUCCCCCGCAGCCCGGCUGCUUGUUUUCCUGAGUUGAGGAGCCGCAGUGGAAGAGACAAGACCGGAUCCUGUGACAGCACCGAGCCCUGCUCUCUGCGCUCACACCCCACCAGUUUUUGUGAACCUUGCAUCACAAGAGGCACUCAAUGCUAAGAGAAGAUGAAAGAUCUAGAUUUAGGAGUCGAAUAUGUCAUACCCAGCAUUGGGUACAGAACUGUUCUGGAGCAAAGCAAUCAAGAUGAGAAAAAGGAGCAAGAGGACUUUAAAUAUCAGAAGACAAAAUCACAGCAUGUGGACUGCCAGGAUGCUUUGGAGGCCGCUGCGCGAGCAGAGGGCCUUCCCUUGGACAUCUCCAUGCACUCGCACUUGCAGAUCCUGAGUGAGAACCAACAAAUUUCCAAAUAUCACUAUGGACUUCACCUGCUAAAACCCUUUCGGAUUACUUCCAAGCACCAGCACCCAGUAGAUAAUGCUGGGCUGUUCUCUUUUAUGACUUUUUCUUGGCUCACACCUCUGGCGCGUUUGGCUUACAAGAAAGGAGAACUUUUUUUUGAAGAUAUCUGGCCAUUGUCUCGACAUGAGUGUUCUGAUAUCAACAGCAGACGGUUGGAGAAACUGUGGUCUGAGGAGGUGAUUGAGCGUGGAGCAGACGAGUCCUCUCUUCACAGUGUUGUGUGGAGAUUUUGUCGCACCAGGCUAAUUAUCUCCAUCAUGUGCCUGAUGCUCACCCAACUGGCUGGUUUCAUUGGUCCAGCGUUUGUAGUGAAAAGCCUCUUGGAAUAUACUCAAGAGAGUGAAACGGACCUCGUCUACAGUUUACUUUUAGUAUUUGGUCUACUGAUGACGGAGAUUGUGCGAUCGUGGUCCUUGGCGUUCACGUGGGCUUUGAACUAUCGGACUGGUUCGCGACUUCGAGGGGCAAUACUGACCAUGGCCUUUAAGAAAAUCCUUAAGCUGAAGAAUAUAAAAGAGAAAUCCAUGGGAGAGCUUAUAAAUGUUUGCUCCAAUGAUGGACAGCGGAUGUUUGAAGCUGCAGCUGUGGGCAGUCUACUGGCAGGAGGGCCGAUUGUUGCAGUACUUGGCAUGGUGUACAAUGUCUAUAUUUUGGGUCCCACUGGUUUUCUUGGCUCUGCAGUAUUCAUCCUGUUUUAUCCAGCUAUGAUGUUUGUGUCCAGGCUCACAGCAUAUUUCAGAAGGAAGUGUGUGUCUGUGACAGAUGAACGUGUUCAAAAAAUGAACGAAGUUCUAAAUUACAUAAAGUUCAUUAAGAUGUAUGCUUGGGUGAAAGCAUUCUCUCAAAGUGUUCAGAAAAUCCGAGAAAAUGAGCGGAAGAUACUUGAGAAAGCUGGUUAUUUCCAGAGCAUCACUGUAGGCGUAGCUCCCAUUGUCGUUGUCAUUGCCAGUGUGCUGACCUUUUCUGUGCAUAUGAUGCUUGGCUAUGACCUCACUGCUGCCCAGGCUUUCACUGUUGUCACAGUCUUUAAUUCCAUGACCUUUGCACUAAAGGUGACGCCCUUCUCGGUGAAGUCUCUUUCCGAGGCUUCGGUCUCCAUGGAGCGGUUUAAGAGUUUAUUUCUUAUGGAAGAGGUUCACAUGAUAAAGAAAAGGCCAUCCUGUCCAAACAUCACCAUUCAGCUGAAAAAUGCCACAUUGGCAUGGGACACUUCCCAUGCCAGUACCCAGUGUUCACCGAAGGCUACCCCCAAGUUGAAAAAAGAAAAGGGGGUUAAGGGCAAGAAAGAGAAGGCUAACUUGCAGAAAGAGGGUCCACAAGCAGUUUUGGCAGAACAGAAAGGGCAUCUACUGGUGGACAGUGAUGAACAAGCUAGCCCUGAUGAAGAGAGCAAAGAUAUCCAGCUUGCACAUUUGAGGCUACAGAGGACCUUACACAACAUUGAUUUGGAGGUAGAGAAGGGGAAGCUAAUUGGAAUAUGUGGUAGUGUGGGCAGUGGAAAAACAUCUUUGAUUUCUGCUAUACUGGGUCAGAUGACUCUUAUUGAAGGCAGUGUUGCUGUCAAUGGUUCAUUUGCCUAUGUUGCUCAGCAAGCAUGGAUAUUGAAUUCAACCCUAAGGGAUAACAUCUUGUUUGGGAUGGAUUAUGUUGAAGAGCGGUACAACAAUGUGUUAAGUGUUUGUUGUCUGAGGCCUGAUCUAGCCAUACUGCCCAACAGUGACUUAACUGAGAUAGGAGAGCGUGGAGCAAAUUUGAGUGGUGGUCAGAGACAAAGAAUCAGCCUGGCGAGGGCUCUGUACAGCGACCGCAGCAUUUACAUACUUGACGAUCCUCUCAGUGCCUUAGAUGCCCAUGUUGGCAACCACAUCUUCAAUAGUGCUAUCAAAAAGCACCUGAAGUCUAAAACAAUUGUGUUUAUCACCCAUCAGCUUCAGUAUCUUGUGGACUGUGAUGACGUGAUUUACAUGAAAGAAGGGUGCAUCACAGAAAGAGGAACACACGAGGAACUCAUGAAACUUAAUGGAGAAUAUGCUACCAUUUUUAACAACUUUCAGCUGGGAGACGCACCUCAUAUUGAGGUGAGUUUAAAAAAGAAUGUGAGCAGUUCGCUGAAGAAACCUUUAGACAAAUGCAUCAAGUCUGGGUCUGUAAAGAAAGAGAAGGUCCCGAAAAAAGAAGAAGGCCAACUUAUGCAGAUGGAGGAGAAAGGCAAAGGAUCUGUGCCUUGGUCUGUUUAUGGUGUUUACAUCCAAGCAGCUGGAGGUCCUUUUGCCUUUUUUAUUAUUAUGGCCUUGUUUGUGCUUAAUGUUGGAAGCACAGCAUUCAGUAAUUGGUGGCUCGGCUAUUGGAUUAAACAAGGCAGCGGGAACACGUCUGUGCUGUUGCACAAUGAAACAGUGAUCAGUAACAGCAUGAAGGACAAUCCCAAUGUACAUUACUACACUGGAAUUUAUGCACUGUCUAUGGUGGUUAUGCUCAUCCUGAAAGCGGUGCGUGGUGUUGUCUUCGUCAAGGGAGUACUACGAGCUUCUUCUAAGCUCCAUGAUGAACUUUUUAGGCGCAUUCUCCGGAGCCCUAUGAAAUUUUAUGACACUACCCCUACAGGCCGUAUUUUGAAUAGGUUUUCUAAAGACAUGGAUGAGGUUGACAUCCGUCUUCCUUUUCAAGCUGAAAUGUUCGUUCAGAAUGUUAUACUAGUCUUCUUUUGUCUGGGGGUCAUUGCUGGCGUGUUCCCAUGGUUUCUGGUAGCUGUUGGACCACUAAUCAUCCUCUUCACCAUAUUACAUGUGGUUUCCAGGGUUUUCAUCCGUGAGUUGAAGCGGUUGGAUAACAUCACACAAAGUCCUUUCUUGUCGCACAUAACCUCAAGUCUUCAAGGACUUUCCACUAUCCAUGCAUAUGGCAAAGGGCACGAGUUUCUGCACAGGUACCAAGAAUUGCUGGAUAAUAAUCAGGCCCCAUUUUAUCUAUUUAACUGUGCCAUGCGCUGGUUAGCCAUACGUCUGGACAUAAUCAGUGUUUCCCUGAUUACUACCACAGGCCUUAUGAUCAUAUUGAUGCAUGGAAAUAUCUCUCCAGCAUAUGCUGGGCUUGCAAUGUCAUAUGCAGUGCAGUUGACAGGAUUGUUCCAGUUCACGGUAAGGCUCGCAUCGGAGACAGAAGCUCGUUUCACAUCAGUAGAGCGAAUCAGCCAUUACAUAAAGACUCUACCUCUUGAGGCCCCUGCCCGUAUUAAAAACAAGGCUCCUCCAGCAGAUUGGCCCCAUGAGGGAGAGAUCACAUUUGAAAAUGCAGAAAUGAGGUACAGAGAGAACCUGCCUCUAGUGCUGAAGAAAGUUUCAUUUACAAUCAAACCAAAGGAGAAGAUUGGAAUUGUGGGAAGAACUGGAUCAGGCAAGAGUUCCCUUGGCAUGGCUCUCUUCCGGCUAGUAGAGCUAUCAGGUGGCUGUAUAAAGAUCGAUGGUAUAAAAAUUAGUGAUAUCGGCCUGGCAGAUCUGCGCAGCAAGUUGUCAAUCAUGCCUCAGGAUCCAGUCUUGUUCAGUGGAACUGUCCGCUCAAACUUAGAUCCAUUUAACCAGUACACAGAGGAGCAAAUCUGGGAUUCCCUGGAAAGGACACACAUGAAGGAAUGUAUCACCCAGCUACCACUUAAACUAGAUACUGAAGUUAUGGAGAAUGGAGAGAAUUUUUCAGUAGGAGAGCGGCAGUUGCUGUGCAUAGCACGUGCUUUACUACGUCGCUGUAAGAUUCUAAUUCUUGAUGAAGCCACAGCAGCCAUGGAUCCCGAGACUGACCUUUUGAUUCAGGAAACUGUCAGAGAGGCUUUCUCAGAUUGCACAAUGUUGACCAUAGCCCACAGACUACACACUGUACUUGGUUCUGACCGUAUUAUGGUGCUAACGCAGGGACAGGUUAUGGAGUUUGACACACCAUCUGCCUUGCUGUCCAAUGAGAACACUCGGUUUUACUCCAUGUUUGCUGCUGCAGAAAACAAGGUUACCGUGAAGGGCUAAACAAUGAGCAUCUCAGCUGACCCCACUUUGUGGGGCUGUGCGCUGCUUCUCAUUCCCUGCCUGUGGCAGGCACACUCCCUACUUUUUCUUUACUUUUUUUUUUUUCUUUUCCCACGACUGACAAUAUGGUAUAUUUUGCCUUUUUUUUUUUUUUUUUCCUUUCUUUUUGUUUUUAGUAUUUUUAUUUUUAAAAUAUAUAUUUUUUUUGUUAGCACAAACCAAUUUCAGGACUGAUUUAGGUAUUUUUUUAACUGUUUGAAAUAAUAUUCUUGUUCUAUUGUAUUUAUUCCUAUUACUAAAGGUUAAAAAAAAAUGCAUUUUCGUUGUGAAAUGCAUUGAAAAUAAUAAAAAUGGUUCAGGCAACCAUAGUUCUGUAUGUAGCCAGCUUAGAAUGGAGCUUUCUACAUGCACCUGUAUAUAGCCUAUAUUUACUGUGAAGAUGUAAGCUGGUUUAUUUUAUAUUAAAAUGAGCACUGGGUUAAAUAUGUAA